AUACACUCAAUAAUAGUCGCGAAUCUUUCGUGGUAAACAACGGUCGCAAUCAGAGUUUAGCAACGUUUGUAUGAUCAUCGGUGUAAAAUAUAAUUAUUUCGUAGGAUUUUUCGUGAAGAAAGUGGGAAAAACUUAUUAAUUCAGGCCUAUUAGUAAGAAAGAUAAUUCAGGCAUAUUAGUAAGAAAGUCAAAAAAUGUCUGAGGUCUUACGGAUCGCCAGUACGAUAAUUAAACGUAUAAGUUCGUGGGUAAGAUGUGUAAAAUGUACACGAUGUCUUGAAGAUAUUUCAUCUGAAAAAAUUGUUGUACACGAGAAAACGUACAACAAAACAAAUAAUGAUAUUGAGAAUCACGAAGAGCAUGUUAAUAUUCAUGAACCAUCUUCUGUAAUAUUUCGUCGACCAUUAGAUGAAAAUAUACAAAAUACAAUUGCUAUAUCAUUAGGAAGUGAUCAGCAAUUAAAAGUAGAAGAAAAAGAUGGUAGGAAUAACAAAGGUCCUAUUAAACCACCACGAAAAAAAUUACAAACAGACUCAAAUAACAUUACGGACGGCCAAAUUACGUGUUUGUCUGAAAAAGUAAAAGUACCGUUGAUAAUUGUGACUACCGAAGGAUCUAACAACUGCCUGCUUAGCAGCAGCAAGUCGCAAAAUGUAUCGAGAUCAUUGUUAACAUCAUUCACAAAGAGUUCGUCUCAAAUGCCGCAAAAAUCUUCCAGUUACUUGGACGUGCCGGUGCCGUCGAAGAAUAUGUUGACGUCGACAAAGAUAGAUUCAAAGUCAGACUUGAAAAAAUUAUCGAUUAUUAUUAAAUUACGAAAUUUAUUGUCUUUUCGAAAAACUCCGAAGGAGCGGAAAAAUGAAUGAAAAGUGAAUAAAAAUGAGAAAAAGUAGGAAUGCAAUAGAAGCAAAAAACAGAAGAAGCAAAAUGAAGUUUACAAAGCUGUAAGCCUUUCAAGACUGCUCUGAAUGAUUUAGGUAGCGUUUUUUCAGCAAAUUGACCCAUUUUCCAAAUUUCAGGUAACAGAAAUAUAUAAUAGAUAAAUAAAGCAUUUCUACAUCUCAUCUUUAAUCGAAUGAUAUUACAGAAAGAAGAAAAAUGUGCUCUUUUUAUAAAUUCAAGAUAUAUUAAUUCAUGGGAAAUUGAUAUAUUUCAUUAGAAGUAUUUGCACAGCAAUAUUUUUUCUUUUAUAUAAUUUCAUAUCGAUCAAAGUAUGAGGUGUGUAAAUACUUUUCUUAUCCGUUCUAAGUUGCGCUUUAGGAUCAAUUAGUUAUAUGUACAUACUUUUUAUACUAAAUUAUCUUUAAGUAAUUUAGAUAGAUGGGUGAAAACAAUAAUAUGACAAUAAUAUGACGCGACAAUAAUAUGACAAUAAUAUGACCAAUAAUAAUCACGUGUCCAUUUUUUACAUCUAAAUCCUCAUAUAAUUUAGAAGGCGUGUUUUUGGAAUUUAUAUUACAUACGCUGUACACUGUACUGUACAUUUAAAUUUGCUUGUAAAUUAUAGUAUAUUUAUUUCAAUUUUACACAUCGAAAUGUAAAAUUGAAUAUUAAUAAAAUAUAGUUACCAUGACUGUA